CUAACUAUUUAUAGUAUUGACACGUGUUCAUUAUGUUUUGCAUAAAUAAACCCACAAUUUGACACAGCUAACAAAAAAAUCGUGUUGCACUUACCCAACAUCAAUAUGGUCUCGUGACUUGUGAAUCGUGAGUUCGUGAUCUUUCUUUGCUCGACCGUAUCAUGCCAUGUCUCAACCCCAACUCCCACAACACCAAAAAAAAAUUAAAAUUGAACCAAGACCCAAUUUGGCUAUUUUGACCCAAAAAAUUUCAUCUUGCAAGAGUCCUAACCUGCAGUACAUGUUGCCCACAGCAUCAGCCACCAACGCCGCCUGCAACCACCCAACACAAACACAAGCACUUCUCUUCUUCAGAGAGCAAAAUGCCUGCCAUGAAAACUUAGAUUAUUACAAAAAGAUUAUAAAAAAUUAUUCAUCAAAUUCUGUGCAAAACCCAUCUCUGAAAUUGAUUAGAGAAGGUAAUUUUGAUGAUAUUGUAUCUCAAACUCUGCAAAUUUGCCCUGGUUGUGGUGUUCAUAUGCAGAAUUUAGACCCUAAUUUGCCUGGAUUUUAUGUUACGCCGGCUACGAAAAACCCUGAUUACAAAUUGCCAAUUAGUAGAAAAUUUGUCCUUGAUGAACCUGAGGUAUCCGAUUCCCUCAAAAGGGGUGUUCUUAAUGAGUUUGAAGAGACCCAAAACCCUCCCUUAAACCCUAAUUUAUGUGAAAAACCUGUUGUUUGUGCUAGGUGUCAUUCUUUAAGGCAUUAUGGUAAGGUUAAGGAUGUUAGUUUGGAAAACUUACUGCCAGAUUUUGAUUUUGAUCAUACUGUUGGUAGGAAGCUGGCUACUGCCUCAGGGGGUAGGUCUGUAGUUUUAAUGGUAGUUGAUGUUUGUGAUUUUGACGGGACGUUCCCGAAAAAGGUUGCUAAGCUGGUUUCAGCUACCAUUGAUGAGAAUGUAAUGGCGUGGAAGGAAGGGAAGUCGGGGAAUGUUCCUAGAAUGGUGUUGGUAUUGUCUAAGCUUGAUUUGUUACCGAGUUCGUUGUCCCCUACUCGGUUGGAGCAUUGGAUUAGGCAACGGGCUCGGGAGGGUGGGGCGAAUAAGCUGACUAGUGUGCAUAUGGUUAGUGCAGUGAGAGAUUGGGGUGUAAAGAAUUUGAUUGAUGAUGUGGUGAGAUUGGUUGGGCCAAGAGGAAAUGUAUGGGCAAUAGGAGCUCAAAAUGCUGGGAAAUCUACAUUGAUCAAUGCAAUAGGGAAGCAUGUAACUGGGAAGGUAGCACCUAUAACAGAGGCACCUGUACCUGGGACUACCUUGGGGAUUAUAAAAUUGGAAGGAAUCUUUCCUGGAAAGGCGAAGUUGCUUGAUACGCCGGGGCUUCUUCAUCCGCAUCAUAUAGCUACUAGGUUGACAAGGGAUGAACAAAAGCUCGUGCAGAUCAACAAGGAGCUGAAGCCGAGGACUUAUAGGAUCAAGGUUGGUCAUACAAUUCAUAUUGCUGGUAUUGCAAGGCUAGAUAUUGAAGAAUUGGCUGCAGACUCUGUUUAUGUUACUGUAUGGGCUUCCCCUCUUUUACCAUUGCAUAUGGGAAAAACAGAAAAUGCUGAUAGAAUGCUAACAGAUCAUUUUGGUCGACAGUUACAGCCACCAAUAGGAGAGAAUCGUCAUAAAGAGCUUGGUGGCUGGGUGAAACGGGAUUUUCAGAUAAGAGGAAAUAGUUGGGAUUCAAGUGCUGUUGAUAUUGCAGUUGCUGGUGUGGGCUGGUUUGCCAUUUGCAUCAAAGGGGAGGCAACCAUCUGCGCUUGGACUUAUGAUGGUAUUGAUGUUGUUCUCCGAAAUUCCCUUCUUCCUCAAAGAGCACAACAGUUUGAAGUUGCCGGCUUUAGUGUCUCAAAACUUGUUGCCGAGGCAGACAAAACUUCCAACAAACUGAAAAAUCAAGGGAAAGAGGGGAAAAGAAAAAAUAGCCUGCUCUAAUCUCAAAUCCUAACAUUGUAUAAUUUUUUGAAAUAAUAGAAGCUUUUCAAAGAAAUUGAGAA